ACAAUAUAAAGUAUGAGAGUUAAUGAAAAAUUAGCUCAAAGUACAUCAUUUGCAGCUUAGUGAGAUACAGGCUUAGAUCAAUCUCUCUUUCUUCCCUCUCCCGCACUUACGAGAGUAUGGCGGCGGCCUGCAGGACCUCCCCAACGCCAACGAAUCUCAGCCGUCCGCGCGGUCAAAACCCGUCCAUUCCCCGCUUCCCAACCGUCCGAUGCACCUCCCACCCGGCCCUUAGAACCCCUUCCCAAACCCUAGCCACCGCCGACGCCGUCCCGGCCUUCCGCUCCGUCACCGCCUUCGCCCCCGCCACCGUCGCCAACCUCGGCCCCGGCUUCGACUUCCUCGGCUGCGCAGUCGACGGCGUCGGCGACACCGUCACCGUCUCCGUCGACCCCGCUGUCCCCCCUGGCACACUCUCCAUCUCCUCCAUCUCCGGUUCGGCCGCCUCCGCCGCCAAGCUCAGCCGCGACCCCCUAUGGAACUGUGCUCCGCCGCCGCUGCCGUCGCCGUCGACGGCCUAUUCGGCGGUCGCCUCUCCCCCGGCGACCUCGUCCUCGCCGGGCUCGAGUCCGAGAAGAAGGUCAGCGGAUACCACGCUGACAAUGUGGCCCCCUCGAUCAUGGGCGGCUUCGUUCUCAUCCGGAGCUACGAUCCACUCGAACUCCUCCGGCUCGAGUUCCCCGCCGGCCAAGAUCUCUACUUUGUACUCGUAAGCCCGGAAUUCGAGGCGCCGACGAAGAAGAUGAGGGCGGCGCUGCCGCCGGAAGUCAAAAUGAAGGACCAUGUGCACAAUUGCAGCCAGGCGGCGGCGCUGGCCGCUGCAGUGGUGCAGGGGGAUGUCAAGUUAUUAGGCAUGGCGAUGUCGUCCGAUGGGAUUGUGGAGCCGAGGAGAGCGCCACUGAUACCUGGGAUGGUCGCGGUGAAGAAGGCGGCGAUCGAGGCCGGUGCAUUCGGGUGCACGAUAAGUGGAGCCGGGCCGACGGCGGUGGCGGUGAUUGAUGGGGAGAAGAAGGGGAAGGAGAUAGGGGAUCGGAUGGUGGAGGCCUUCUUGAGGGAGGGGGAAUUGAAGGCAAGUGCUACGGUGGCAAGACUCGAUAAAGUUGGGGCAAGGGUUAUCAGCAGCAGUGCUUCUUAGAAGGCUAUUGUAGUUGUUUACUGUCUUGAGGAUGCAUUGAUGCAAAAGUAAUCUAUCAUGAACCAUCUCAAAAGUAUACUCAGUGUUGAAGAGCCUUUAGAAGAAAGAAAAGUUAUUAUGGUAAAUCAUCUCAAAUGUGUAUUCAGUGUCAAGGUAAAGCUUUACAAGAGAUGAAACAUAGGCUCAUCUGGUUUCCAUAUGGAUGCUGGCAUAAUUAAGAAUAUCGAGCUUUCUCGGAGAAAGCUAUCCAUUUUUCCAUCCUUGGCUCCUACUUUCAACAAAAUCAUAGCAGAUGAAAACCUUUCAUGCUUCCUACAUGAGAUACAAAUAGACCAAGUUGUAAGAGGUUGACUCUUUCUUUCUUCCCUGGUUGGGGGAUUGGUGUCAGUCAGAAACAGAGGGAGAGGAGAAGAGGAGUGUGGUGGCUGCUUGGAGUGAAAUAUGUUAUGUAAUAUAAUACUGUUUAUCAUGAUUUAUAAUUUUAUAAUAUUAUUUAUU